AUGAGCACAGAAAGAGCUGGCCUCUUCAGCCGACAACCACCAUCGACCGCGCCGCAGAUAAUACACGACCACAUAGAUCCAACCGAUAGCAGUAACAUGACAUACAAUUCCUCUUACCAGUCACACGAUCAGGAGGAACAGAUUCUGGUGCAUUUCAAUGAGCACCCAUACGAUAAUUUUGAGCAAAAUAGGACGGAGAGAUGGGAGAAUGAAGCUCCGUUUGCCGCCCACCGGGCAUCGACGAGAAGCAGUACGAAGUCGUACUCGGCGCGCAUGACACGCCAAAAGAGUCGCAGAAGAGAGCUCCGGGGCAAACAAGGUAAACCAGGCAUCACUGUCGACACAAGCUUCACAAGACAUAGGGGCGGUGCGCCACAUCAAGUCUACCCCCAGGGUGAUAGUAGAAGCAGUGGAUCGAUCAGAAAAAGUCCUUGGUUUGGAUUGGGAAGAUCGUCUACCAGGAACAAGGGCCUGGGUAUCACCAAAGGAACUCCUCAACCUGAGGUGACACCUCGAGCGAAAUCCAGCGUUGAUAGGAAUGACGCUACGGCUGUGUCACUGACAUCAAGUGGCAAGCCAUGGCAGGACAUAUCGCCAUGGGAUCGGCGCAUCCCCAUUGGCAUCUCUGUACCCACGGAGAGCAUAUCCGAUUUUAGCUCCUAUCAGCCUCCACGGCCACGUGCUGCGAGCGAUGCCACAGUAGUCACACCGAGUAUCAUCAUCACACCCGCCGCAGCGAUGCAAUCAGUCUGGUCACCGGAUACACCAUUCACCGAGUCUGACUAUACACCAAGUGUGUACUCGCGUCAUCCAUUUCCUUCCAACAAUACGGAUGUUCCGCCAGUCCCAUCUCUGCCCGUUGGUCUACCAGAAACGUCUGGAAUCACUUUUGGUAUUGAAUCGAGGUCCGAAGCCGAUGGUACAUAUAAUCAUAUAAGGAAUGAUACCCUCGAUUCCGCUGGGACGGCAUUUGAGGAAUAUGAUGAUUCAGGAGGAAAGGAUCGCAUCAUGUCGUCUGGGACUAUGUUCGAGGAGGAUGAGACACCACUGCAGGAAAGAACGAUAGAUACGUCAUUGGCGAUUGACACUUCGUUGGUGCCUACGCCGAGAAGAUCACAAGGAUGGUGGAACGUGAUCACGACUCCUUUUGUAACAACCCCCAAUACAGCGACAUGGCGUAGUGGAGACAGAACGCCAGAGGUGCCGACACUUCCAAGCCAGUUUGGUUCGAACAAAGAAAUUGUCCCAGUUCUGUCCGUGACAACCUCACCCCCAGUCUCGUCGACGCAGGCAGCCAGCGGAACAGCCUCGCAUGUCGAGAAACAGUCCCAGGCAGAGACGGAUGAUCACCAGGACGUCAGGACGAUCACUGUCAAUACUAAUUUUGCGAGCACCACGCAACAAUCGGUCGAACAAACGGAUUCAACGACCAACAGGACUGUAGCCUCCCCUGGCUCCGUGAUGUCGGCUUCACCUAUUCUUGGUACAGCAGCAAUGGGAACUGUGCUGAUGCCGCGUCAAGUGGAAGAACAGCCGCGGAACAUCAACAUUAAUAUUGAGUUACAAGACAGACGGCCCAUUGUGAACAGUCAGACUGUAGCAGCAAAUGGAAUGACGUCCACGCAAUAUACGUCCACGUUUGCGCCAGCAACACAAUCGAACAACGCACCUACGCAACAGGCCCGCCAUUCACCGCAACCCCUACCAGUCUUUGCUCCACCGCCAACUUCUGCUCAGAAAGUCUCGCAUUUUAGCUAUGACAACCUCAGUCGAUCCAGCUCGACGGCUUCUUCUCCUGAUUUGAAGAAGGCGAAAAAGCACCGCAAAGUCGGCAAUCUCACAAGUAUGCUGUCUUUUGGAAAGCGAAAGUUCUCGAAGCCGGCUGGCCAAGACGAGAAAAAGAAGACAAAGAAGAGGGGUGUUUGUUUUUGGGGCUGUUGUUGCUGCCUCGUUUUCAUUCUCAUCUUGGCAAUUCUCAUACCCGUGGUAGUCAUUCUCGUGAGGAAGAAUAACAACGACAAUCCUACCUCGACGACGCCAUCGAUGACGCCAAUUCCAGAUGGCGGCAGCCAGUGGCUGGACAUACCCAACUUACCACCUAUGCCGACUGGUAUUUUGACAGUUGCACAACCUGAAGCUGUAGAGGAAGAGAGUGGUUGUGUGGCGCCUACGACACUCUGGAGUUGCGCGCUGCCCAAGGAGCUUCAAGCUUCUGUAGCACCCAACAAACCGGAUCAGCCAAAUUUCAGAAUCGAAAUCACUUUUGAGAACGGGACGUCGGCACAAUUGCCUACUAGCAAGCGUAUGGCACGGGCAGUGAACCCAGUCUCAGCAGGGGCCUUCAUUCGAUCUCACCUGCUUCGACUACGUGCGGCUGCCUCACCAUCGCCUGCACCACCGAGUACUGCGGAUAUGAGAUUCCUUGGGCAGACGACGGAUGGAAACAGCGCUCCGUUUGAGGGUGAAGCCACGCCCUUGUUCCUGAGCUUCCAGGAGGCCAAAGCCAGUACAUCGCGGCUGGCGGUGCGAGACGAUCCAAGUGAUCCUACCAACAUCACUGCCGUCAUACCGCCCCCGAUGCUGAACAGUGACGGAACUGCGGCACCAGCGAAUCUUGUACCCCUCCCGUCUGGCCAGCCUCUGCGGCUGUACAACCGGGGAAAAGACAAUGAGUACUAUGGCUUCUACACGUACUUUGACCGAUCCAUUUUCCUCAAGCAGAUCAACGGCACCAACCGUGGUGGCAACCCUGCGGAUACAGACGGAGGGAGUACGCGAGAGGCGGCCAAGUUGCGAUGCACCUAUGCACAAAGCCGAUUCCUGGUGCAGAUCUGGACACGCAGCAAGGACAGCAAGCCUUUGUUGCAGAGCUCGACGGCCAACAGCUCAGAUGCGUUCAAACGGCCUGGAACGUUUCCCUAUCCCGUCACGUUUACUCUCGAUCGGCACGGUGGGGACGCAGCAAAGAAGAACCUGUACUGCUAUGAGAUGGAGGAGGAUGGGACGAUCAGGGAUGAUGCAGCAUCACGAUCCUUUCAGUUUGAAGAUCGUGCGUUUGGUGGAAAUCUGGUGAAUGGCACCCAAGGUCGCACGAGUGUGAGUGGACCGAUUGAUGGGGGCACGGGGGGGUGUCGGUGCCAGUGGCAAAACUGGCUGAGUUGA